AUGGCACCAGCUCUCAUACACCCGGUUGGCAUUCCGCUUACUCCCACUCACGACUCGAACGACGUUAAAACGCGCAGGCGCUCCUCCACAUUCACUGCAAUCACGAACUGGGCUCUAGCCGUCCAACCCGGUACACCAGCCCCACUUUCUCCUGUCAAGCGCCGCCGUCCCUCUUUCCAUCGUCGAGUUGCCUCUAGUUCUUCAUCUCCAUCGUUUCUCCUCACUCCAACAACCGCCAAGUCAGGUAACGUCGAUUUAACGGCUUGGGGUUACACCUCUGUCUUUCUACACCUCCCUGUAACUCCACAAACACCUGCAGCAUUCUAUCCUCCUGAACCGGUUGUUAAAUCAUCUGGAAAGGUCGAAAAAGGUCUCAAGAAAAUCAGCAGUAUGGGCAUUCUUCGCCGUAAUCGUGCCAAAUCUGUUACUGGUGAUAGCACCAGUCCCAUUGCCGCUACCUCCCCCGUCACGAACACACCUCCUACACGUCCUCGCCCUCGGUCUCGGUCUCGAUCAGGUUCCGUCUCAACCGCGAAACCUUCGUUGAAACGCCCUGGUCAUGUCAAAUCGAAAUCUGUUUCUGCCACCGUUCCCAACCAAACCAAGGCCAAGAAAACGAAAACGAAAACGAAAACCCAUCCCCCGCUCCCACCAGCACUCCAGAAUGAGCUCAUGCUUAUGCAAUUCGCUGGUGGUGGAUCCCUCGAAGCUAACGCACACAAGUUUUUGGAGGAGCGUUCGAAAAGGGAUGGAACCACUAAAGCUAUUGAUGCUGUUUAUCGAGACGAAAACGGUGUUAUGUGGCUUGACGAGGACGAGCGUGUGGAAUAUCAAGCUCUUAUCCCUACAGAAGGUCUAUCAUCACCACCUGCUUCGCCUUGGGUUCAGUUUACAUCGUCUGGCGCGGUACCCCCGGUGUGCCCCACCAUGGGUGCGAUCGUUAUGACUGAUGAAGACGCAACGAGGCGACCUUCGGUGGUCAGUUUGAGCCCGACAGAGAGAGAGUUGGAGGGUGGAGCAGCGGCUGUGGUUUGA